AAAAACUGAACAUUAUUUUUUUUAUCGAGAUUUUCCGUAGUAUAAAUUUGACAGUCCAGAAAGAAAUCUUUAUAUUUGGUACAAACUUUUGAAGGUAUAAAGUGGAAAACAUAUUUUUACAUGAUGUUUUGGUUGCUUGGCUGCGUCUGUCUUCUUGUCUUCUUGUACCCGAUUUUACACGAUCUGUACCUCAUUUAUAUCAGAGGGAUGCCCAAAGGACCCCUCUCACUGCCAGUCAUAGGCGGAGUCUAUUGUCUGAACCCCAAAGUACCUCACCUUUCUCUGGAGAAACUUGGGAAACAGUAUGGGAAGAUAUUCAGCCUCAGGAUGGGUCCUAUGGGACGGGCUGUAUUUUUGCAAGACAUUAACCUUGUUAAUCAGAUGUUUGAAAGUCCAGACUGCCAUGAUCGUCCAGACCUUCCAACAUUUCAUGAAGUCAAUCAAGGUGCAGAUGGGAUUGGAUCAUGUUCCUAUGGUUCCAGAUGGAAAGUAAUGACAAAAAUGUUUCACAGAGGACUUGCACGAUUAUCAACAACUUCUGUUGAAGAAAAAGCAACAAAUGCGUAUCAUCAGCUCACAGACAUGUUUGCAAGUAAAGGAGCAUCACAAACAUACUAUCCACGGGGAGAUAUCAUCAAAGCCUGCUCUGCAAUCCUAAGCUCAAUGGUGUAUGGUAUAGAGUCUGAAAGCUUAGACUGUCCAGAGCUGAAGUCUAGAAUCCACUACCAUUCCAUGCUAAUGGCCUGUCUAAAUCCUGCUAAUCCUAUGAACUUAAUACCUAUACUGUGGAAACUUCCAUCACCAAUCAAAACCAAAUUACUGAAGUGUAUCCAUGAAAGGGAUAAGCUAUUUGACCAAAGUUUUGAGAACCAUGCAGAGAAUUACACUGGAGAAAUAGCAGAUGUCCUUGGCAUUAUCACCGACUUUGAGCUCAACAGAGAAAGCAAUGAUAAAAAUCAAAAUAUCUUAACAAAAGAUUUAUUUUUAUCAACGUGGACAUUUUAUCUUGCAGGCUGUGACACAACAACCGACUCGUCUAUGUGGAUAUUACUGUAUCUGUGUGUAUUCCCAGAUGUGCAGGAGAAGAUGAGGGAAGAAAUUGACUCAGUUUUUGGAAGCGAUGCGGAGAACAUUCUUCAGCAAAAGCACAAACUGAAUUACACAAGGGCUGCAAUACUAGAAUGUUUACGUCUGAGCAGUCCUAUUGCCAUAGGACUCCCAAAUACUACCAACAGAGAUUUACUGAUUGGAGGGUACAACAUACCUAAAGGAACAGCCUUGAUGGCAUGUCAGUGGCACAUCCACCAUGAUGAAUCUCACUGGCCAGAUCCGUUAAAACUCAAACCUGAAAGAUUCCUAGACACGGAUGGAACUCUCUACUCUAACUUUCACAUCUUCCAGAAGAUGCCCUUCAUUCCAUUUUCCCGAGGCAAAAGGCCAUGCCUGGGACAGACAAUAGCACUUGACUUGUUGCUCAUAUACGUAACAUUACUGCUGAAGAAACUGACUGUUAUGCUCCCUGUUGGUUUCAAACCCGACAUGUCUGGAAAAGUCCACUUCAACCUACGACCCGACGAAUUUCCUAUAGAAUGCAUUGUGAGGUGAAUCAGAAUGAAGGGACCCACAAAUCAUAAGUCCUAUGAACUUUGUAAUCACAGAAUGCAUAACGCCCAGCAUAAACAAAAAACAAUCUUCUAAACCAAGAACACAGAGUAGACUGAAAAAGACUGAAUAACAGACAAUGCAAUCUGUGUUGGCAGCAACAUUUUUCAAGGAUCUGUCUUAAGUUGAAGUCUCCAAAGAAAGAAAUGAGCAGGAAAAGGAUGUUCUGCUUGAACUUAGCAGCAGAACAUAAAGAGCUAAAAAAGAAGUCCUUGAAAGCAAUUCUAUUUUCAUAAAGCAUUUUAAAUAAAUGAACAAGGAUCAACUGCUCUAACAGUGGAAUUGUUGAGGUUCCUUCAAAUAAACGUCACUUGACAAAAAAUUUCACAAGAUCAGUAAAACUGAUCUUCAUAAAACUAUUAUGUAUAAUAUUGAUACAAUCUGGCCUUACAGAGGUUAGCUUUUGUAAAACUAUUACUCUUUUACCAUGUGUUGACAAUGCAAUGUACAGGUAUAUAUAUUCAUUAAUAUAAUAAUUAUAAAUAUGCACAGCAAUGCAAAAAUCAUUGUAAUUUUAUAUAUCAUUGUAUAUAUAUAUAUACUAGUAUUUAUUACAUGUUCUCCUGUUAAUUAUUGCAAUAUUACAGUGAAAUAUAUUUCUGACUUGUCUACUGCUACAUGAUAGGAAAACUUUAUUUGUUUUACAUUUAAGUUAACAUUUUAAUUUAAAGAUCAAAAUGUUUCCACAUGUGAACUCCAGAUCUUACAUUUAUCACACAUAAAAAUACUGUCUAGAGAUAUACUCGGUGACAUUUUUUUUCUGUAUAUAAUUACGUAAUUUUUUAUAUAUGAGCCACGCCAUGAGAAAACCAACAUAGUGGCUAUGCGACCAGCAUGGAUCCAGACCAGCCUGUGCAUCCGCGCAGUCUGGUCAGGAUCCAUGCUGUUCGCUAAAGGUUUCUCUAAUUGCAAUGGGCUUUACCAGCAAACAGCAUGGAUCCUGACCAGACUGCGCAGAUGCGCAGGCUGGUCUGGAUGCAUGCUGAUCGCAAACCCACUAUGUUGGUUUUCUCAUGGUGAGGCUCAUAUAUAUUUUUUUAAUAUAAUUUUGUUAUAAAAGUUAUUUAAGUAUGGAUUACAUAUGGACCUGUCCAUUUUUAACACUGAACAUCUUUAUUUUCAAAUAUCAAAUUUAUCUGUAAUUUACCAUGAAGUCAUCCAAAUUUUAAAUAUUUAUCACUGUUGUCAUUCUCUUUUAUGUACAUAACAUUUUUAUAUUUAAUGGGCUUCAUCCUUGUAUAAUACAGACCACUUCCUAACUGAAAACUAGAUUUGUAAAUAUAGAAUACAGAUGCCUUCAUCUACUGUCACUGUAUGCUCAUAUUUUACUUGUUGACAAUAAAAGACUAUUUAGACUUUC